GUGGGAUCAAGCCCAUCAUCUGGGCCUCAUGAAAAUCUGAACCGCUGGGCAAAAACUGGCUGGGCAUACAUAACAUGCUUUCUGAUAGUUCUCUGAUUCACAGCUUCUGUCAUUUCUCACUCUCUCUGCAGAUGAAUUAUCCUCACAUUUUUUCAAUGGGAACAAAUAACCGGACGUGGGUGAGUGAAUUUAUUCUCCUCGGCCUCUCCAGUGACUGGGGCACUCAGGUGUCACUCUUUGUCCUGUUCUUGGUCAUGUACCUGGUGACAGUGCUGGGUAACUUUCUCAUUGUUCUUCUGAUAAAACUGGACAGCCGACUCCACACACCCAUGUAUUUCUUCCUCACCAACCUCUCCCUUGUGGAUGUCUCUUAUGCCACGAGCAUAGUCCCGCAGCUAUUGGUGCAUUUUCUUACGGAACAUAAAGUAAUCACCUACCUGAGCUGUGCAGUCCAGCUAUUUUUCUCCCUGACCUUGGGCGGGAUUGAGUUUAUUCUACUGGCCGUGAUGGCAUAUGACCGCUAUGUGGCUGUGUGUGACCCCUUGAGAUACUCAGCCAUCAUGCAUGGAAGGCUGUGCACUAGGCUGGCGGUCUCAUCCUGGGUCAGUGGCUCCAUCAACUCUCUCUUGCAUACUGCCAUCACCUUUCAACUUCCCAUGUGCUCAAACAAGCUUAUUGAUCACAUAUCUUGUGAAAUCCUAGCUGUGGUCAGGCUGGCUUGCAUGGACACAUCCUCCAAUAAGGUUGCAAUCAUGGUUUCCAGCAUCAUCCUGCUGAUGACACCAUUCUGUCUUGUUCUCUUGUCUUACUUCUGGAUUAUCUCCACAAUCCUAAAGAUCCAAUCCACAGAGGGAAGGAGGAGAGCCUUCCACACAUGUGCUUCUCAUCUCACAGUGGUUGCCCUGUGCUACGGAAUGGCCAUUUUCACUUACAUUCAGCCUCACUCUAGCCCCUCAGCUCUCCAGGAGAAGGUGAUUUCGCUCUUCUACGCCAUUUUAACACCCAUGCUGAACCCCAUGAUUUAUAGUCUGAGGAGUAAGGAUGUGAAGGGGGCUUGGCAGAAGCUCUUAGGACAAAUCUCUGGGUUACCAUAAAAACUGGCAACUUGACAAAUCAUGAGCAUCACACAGAGAAAAGAGCUUUGCCUCCGUGUUCCCCGCCCAAGUCAGAUAAGACAGGUAUAGAGUGCAUCACCCUGGAAACCAUGAAGGAGAUGAUAUAACAUGUUCUGGUGAUGUCAGGCGGAGGAUAUUUUUUAUGUCAGACAAUCAUGUUCUGUAAAGUUAAGCACUUCUGUAUUAGACUCUCCCUUGAUUACUGAAGUAUUAAAACAAACGAAAUUAUUUUAUUGUUUUGAUUUGUAAUGUUAGUUGCAAUCUUG